AUGGAGACUGACCCCCGUAACAUCGGCUACGACCAUCACCACCUCCAUGGCUUGGAAACGGGGUUCUACACCGCGGAAAAGCUGCGCUACGCUUCCGCCAGACAUGUGCAUAUGACUAGUAGGAGGUACUUUAUCGGUCCCAUUCCCAAGGGCUGGCUGCAGAAUCACCGCAAAUCCUGGUACAGAUCGAGACUCAAUUUCAAAAACUACUCCUCAAAAACGGUUACUUUCUCCGCUGAACCGGAAAUCGCACAUUACUCGGACAGCCCAGAUCGGGGCGAACCCUCGGAUUCGCAACGCGAGCAGGACGAUGAUUAUCCGGUCGAUACAACGGAAGGCGAAACAACGGACGUGGAUCUGGACGCGGAGAAUGAAAUUAGUGACCAAGACUCUAUCCGAAGACAUGGUGCUCUCCGGGCUUUGGAUUAUCCUCUGGAUGAGGAGAAUGAAAUUCCCCCCGCCCCAGGACCAGACACGCAAGCUCGCCCGGAUUCCAGCAAAAGUGAGGACAACGUUGGUGCUGAGAGUAGGAUGGGCGAGGCCGGUACAUCCUUUGUCACAGCAAGAGAACGUGGACCCAGCUCGGCCUCUACUACAAAACCGUUGUCCUCCGGGGGACUCAGCGGUAAAGGCGACCAAGAACAGACACUACUGAAGCCAAGUGCUCCCGAUUCAAUUGCGGAUGAGGCCAGUCAGUCAAGCCCCAUGGUCCUCCCAAGUGAAGUCGGAUCUGAGACCCCGUUACUGAGACCCGAUUCAUCGGCCAAAGCAAAAGGGAAAGCGAGGCUCUCCAGAGCCCCGUCAUCAAUGAACCUGGAACAGCAGGAGCCUCAGAGCGAAAGUACCGAAGGAGAGGAGCACCUUGAGGGAAGACGACAUUCAUCCCAGAAUCCUCUCAAUAAAAUCUCAAACAAAGCAGCCAAGUACAAUCUGGACGACAACCUCCUGGAUAAACAACAGCGAUUUCAUUCCCGGCUGUCGAGAACCCGCGGCAAAAUUUCGAGAAAAGUGCCCUACCGACGGAAGUUGCAAGAUGGAGAGAUCAUCAAGACGGAACGAAUGCUUGUGCGAGUCGAACAAACUAUGCAAGAUAAUCUCCCGCACGACUUUUCGGAGCACGAUAGCAUGAGAAUGGAAACGCGGGUUUUGGAUAAUUGGCGAGAAUAUCUUGUGGUUUGUCGUGCCACUGCAGAUCCUGAUGCACCUUUCUCUCUCCAGAUGUACAAGACACAUGUUAUCCCGAAGAUCCAGAAAAAAGGUACUCGGGUUUCUCCUGAACAUGAAGUAACACUUGGCCCAAAGAAGAUCAGCGUCAAUUUGUACUCUUCAUUGGACAAGUCGAUCGUCCUCUGGGGGCCCUGCAAGUAUGGCACGAAGAUCUACAUUAUUCGGCCCAAAUCAACAGCGCAUGCGGUCGAGUGGUACACUUCAAUCUUUCAGGCACUAGGAUGGCAGCGGCCUAGUUCGCUGUCAAUCAACGUUCCUGACUUGGGGGUGGGUCUUAUAUUCCGGAAUCCAUUCGAUGAACAAGAGAUAAAAGCCGGUCACAAAACGCGAAAGAGUGAAGUUCUUGCUCGGUGCGCAGAAGAGGAGAAGUACGCUGCCUUGGCGAUUGUGCGCGAAUGCAUGGAGAUGCUCGAAAAACGCGCAGAGUGGUCCGACGUGCUGCAACGGUGGUCGAAGACAGAAAAGAUGGGUCUUGCCUGGAAGCGAUACGAUCGGUUGGAGUGGAUAUAUGGUAUCAAUGAGGAGAAGAUGUACGGGUCACUUGCAAUGCAGAACACCCAUGAGCUUGAGCUGCGACCAAGACAACAUUACCAUACCUUUGUCCCUCUUGGAGACACCAAGAUUGAAGAGCCGGAGCCCGUGGAAGGGUUUCUGGUUCGUCUCACAUCACAGAAGGGGGUUCAACAACGGAUGAACAAAAUGUUCUUCAAGCGCCUCUACUUCUUCUGCCAGGACCACUACUUGUUUUUCUGCAGACCAGCAAAAUCGCUGCCACCAGCCCCGCCCCGGCUCUGCCGAAAUGAUUCCAACAUUCCUUCGACACAAGAUAUACUGGAUGGAAUGCCUUUGUCAUACGACAUUGAUCCCUAUCCAUAUGAAGACGGAAAUAUCACAUGGCUGACAAACGGUAACAAAGAACACAUCAAGAAACACGACGAGGAAGCUUAUGCCCAGCUACGGCGUGUCCAUCACAAUCUCAGCAAUUCAGACGGCUAUAUUGAUCUUCGUCGGGUAGUGGAAGUGCGUCAUGUGCGGCGUGACAGUUGCCCAGCGGACCCCAACAUUCGAGAAGGACCGGACGUUCCCUUCAAUCCCGAGGCACGGGACACCCGCACCGACGACGGAGCAACUCAGCAGUUCGAGGACGAUCGGACUUUCGAACUGCAGAUGGACAAUGGACUUGUCGUCCGCCUUCAGGCGUAUAAUGCAGAGACGAAGGAUGAUUGGAUAAACCGACUCAACGCCUUAGUGAGAUACUGGAAGACGAGGGCCGCAGCGGAUGCGGCUGAAAUCAAAGACAUCCGACGACGAAAUGUCGAAGUUUUGGGUAUUGAUGCGGAACUGGAGUCGAUGAUCGGACUGAUCGCCAAAAAGUGGGAAGUCAAAAAGGCCGAAGCAUCUCCGCAUCUGCACAACAUGUGUUCUCUUUCUGGAUGUCGAGCGAUCAAGAUGUCUGGACAGCUCUUCAAAAAGCCCCGACGACACUCAACAUUCAAACGAUGCGAAGUGGUUUUGGCCGACGGAAAACUAUUGAUUUACCGCAGCUCGUUGCGGAAACGCAACGGGGUCCAAAUCCCACAUAUCCACUCCAGCAUUGAAACUACCAUCGACCUCACCGACUGCUAUAUAUACUCGGGCUUGCUGGCCGAGUCCGAUCUCCUGUAUAGCAACCAAACCUUCGACAGCAACAACCCCGGCCACCGCACGCUCCCGCGAGCCUAUCUCUCCACCGAUGUGUACACCAGCACCGACGAGGACACCGCCAUCACCUUCGUAAUCUGGCAACCGCUGCGCAAGAACCUGUUCCGGGCCAUCGAGGGGAAACGAGGGCAAACGAGAAAGACUCUGAAGCAGGUGCCGAAGCUAGGGGUACACGGACGGACAGUCGUUUUCAAAGCGCGCAGUCGAGUUGAGAAGGAUCGCUGGGUGUUGAGCAUUGCGUCUGAAAUUGACCGGUUGCAGGAACAUAAGCCGGAGGACAUUCGACUUGUUUGA